AUGUCCGGCACCCCGGCCGCCAACGACCGUAGCCCCCCCGGCACACAGAAGAGGCCCCGGCACGAUGUGGGCAAUAAGGUCAUCGUGGUCCUGGGAGCGCAGUGGGGGGACGAAGGCAAAGGGAAGGUGGUGGACCUGCUGGCCACGGACGCCGAUGUGGUGUGCAGGUGUCAGGGAGGAAACAAUGCAGGACAUACUGUGGUGGUAGAUGGCAAAGAAUAUGAUUUCCAUCUCUUUCCAAGUGGCAUUAUUAAUAGUAAAGCUAUUUCCUUCAUUGGUAAUGGUGUAGUGAUACAUCUGCCAGGCCUGUUUGAAGAGGCAGAAAAAAAUGAAAAGAAAGGCUUGAAAGAUUGGGAGAAAAGGCUAGUCAUAUCUGAUCGAGCGCAUUUAGUGUGUGACUUUCAUCAGGCUGUUGACGGUCUCCAAGAAGUCCAGCGACAAGCGCAAGAUGGCAAAAACAUUGGCACUACGAAGAAAGGAAUUGGACCAACUUACUCCUCCAAAGCGGCACGUACCGGUCUUCGUGUGUGUGACCUUCUUUCAAACUUUGAUGAGUUUUCAUCUAGGUUUAAGAACCUGGCUCAGCAGCAUCAAUCAAUGUUUCCAAAUCUGGAGAUAGAUGUGGAAGGCCAGCUAAAGAAACUAAAGAUGUACGCUGAAAAAAUCCGCCCCAUGGUGAAAGAUGGAGUAUACUUCAUGUAUGAAGCCCUUCAUGGUCCUCCGAAAAAGAUUUUAGUAGAAGGAGCAAAUGCUGCAUUACUUGACAUUGACUUUGGAACGUAUCCCUAUGUGACGUCUUCCAAUUGUACAGUAGGAGGUGUGUGCACUGGACUCGGAAUCCCUCCUCAGAAUAUAGGAGAAGUCUAUGGUGUGGUGAAGGCUUACACCACUAGAGUAGGAGUUGGAGCCUUCCCUACAGAGCAGAUCAAUGAUAUAGGCAAUCUUCUGCAAUCAAAAGGUCAUGAAUGGGGAGUGACCACAGGCAGAAAGAGAAGGUGUGGCUGGCUGGACCUGGUCAUUUUAAAAUACGCUCAUAUGUUCAAUGGAUUCACUGCCUUGGCUCUAACGAAACUGGACAUUUUAGACACUUUGGAUGAGAUUAAAGUUGGUGUAGCCUACAAACUCAAUGGGAAAAGGAUCCCUUACUUCCCAGCAAAUCAAGAAAUUUUGCAGCAGGUAGAAGUAGAGUAUGAGGUAAUGCCAGGCUGGAAGAGCGACACCACAAGUGCCAGAAAAUGGGAAGAGCUUCCCGUCAAUGCUCAAAAUUAUGUCAGAUUUGUGGAGAAUCAAGUCGGAGUGCCUGUGAAAUGGGUUGGAGUUGGAAAGUCUCGAGAGUCUAUGAUUGAGCUGUUCUAA